CUGCCGGGGGCCAUGGCGGAGAGCGGCGGCAGCGGCGGGGCCGCCCCGGGCGGCGGAGGCGGCGGCGGAGGCGGCGGGGCGGGCGCGGGCGGCGCGGCCUCCGGCUCGGGGCCCGGCGCCGCCGACCCGGCCUCGCUGCCGCCGGGGGACCCGCAGCUCAUCGCCAUUAUCGUGGAGCAGCUCAAGAGCCGCGGCCUGUUCGACGGCUUCCGCCGCGACUGCCUGGCCGACGUGGACACCAAGCCAGCCUAUCAGAAUUUGAGGCAGAAAGUGGACAACUUUGUAUCUACCCAUCUGGACAAACAAGAAUGGAAUCCAGCAAUGAACAAAAACCAGUUACGAAAUGGGCUAAGGCAAAGCGUGAUUCAGUCAGGAAUGCUGGAAGCUGGAGUGGACAGAAUUAUUUCUCAGGUGGUGGAUCCAAAACUAAACCACAUCUUCAGGCCACAGAUAGAGAAGGCGAUUCAUGAGUUUUUGGCUGCGCAAAAGAAGGAGGAGAGUGUGCCAGCUCCACCGCCAGAGCCYGAGAAUAAGGAUCCUCCCGCUCCAUCUCAGGAUGCGUCCUAAAGUGAGUUCCUGCUCCUAAGCAGCUGCAGUUGCAAAACGCACGCCCUGUUAUAUCGGCAAUGGAUCGUUUGUUCCAUUUGGUUCAGGACUGCUGUCUGCCAAAGAUGAUCAACAUUGUCAGACCUAUGGGAAAAAUGAGUGAAAUUCACAUGCACCCGAGUCCUGCAUGUAGAGGGACAGCCUGUACAUGAAGAUAUUAUUGCUAUUUUUAACAGAGCUAGAGAAUGUGUUCUUAAUCAUGCCUUMACACAAGAAGAUGAGAAGAAAAAGGGAAUCAUCAUGUCUGGGGGGAGUAAGGAAGUGGUUUGAGAUGAUACUGGACUUGGGAGCAGAAAGAGAAGUAGUAGGUUUUGGCGGGGAAGGACAGUCUCUUGGAGACUAUACAAGAAUCAUGAGACUUACUUUGAUAUAGGCCAGAUGAGAAGCAGCAUCAUAUGCCUCUGCUGCAUAAUGCAGCAUUGAGUGUUAGGUGCCAAGCUAGAUGCAACUCAUUGCACUGCCUGCUUUAGAAAUACAGUUUCUCGUUUAAAACUGGAAAAAAAAACCACUUCAGGGUCAAUUAUCCAGAUAACAGUUUCUGUUGCAUUGCAGGAAAAUGUUUACAGUUAGCUAUGAC